AUGGGAGGAAAGUGCUUUUUAGCUGAUGUAGUCACGAGAUACUCUAACUUAAAAUAAACAAUAUCAGAGAUAACCGAUAAGGUUGGUAAAAAUGGAGUUGUAUUCUCUGAAAGAGCCUCAAUCAUUUACAACACUGGCAAAUCAAAUAUGGAUGUGAACCUAAUGAUGGAAGGUUAUGAGUUAAAUUUCGUGUCCACUGACUGGAAAAUGACCCCCAAAUCUUGCUAGAAAAUAACCUAGAAAAAAAACUCUAAAGAUUAUUUCAUUUAUAGCUGCGAUACCGUUGUUGAAACAAAUUCAUAUAUUGGAGUUAUGAUGACAGCAACCGGCGGUAAAAUUGGUCUUAGAAUUCUUUGA